AUGGCGGUAAAGGGCAAGCAUGAUGUCGUGUUCCAACCUCAUUACGAGCCCCCAGGUGUUGGGUAUUGGAAUAGCGAUGACGAGAAGUUGCCCGAUGACCACGAGGGCUACUUACGCCCUAAUACCGGGCCCCGAUGGAUGGCGGGUGGAGUGUUAUCCAGACCUUUUGUGACAACCAAGCAAAGCAACGGUGUUUGCGCAAUAUCUAGUAUCGAGUCAUCGAACAAGUAUGGCGAGAAUUUGUUCGCUCAGUACAUGACUUUUGAGAAGAGAGCAAUUUGGAUUGCGUCUUUCAGAGGAAUUAUCGAGAACGCGAGAUUGGUCGAUCUGCAAGGUAUCUACUAUCUAAUCAUCCACGGAAAGACUUCUAGCAAUCAUGGCACUCCACAUGAAAUUAAACUGACAGAAAAAAAUAGCUAUGUUGCUGAACUGGAGAAGAAGGUUGAAGAAUUAAGUUCAAAGCUGCGCAUAUUCGAGGCUUACGCUUCUGCAUCUCCACAGUCACAGAAGAUGACAGUGGCGCGGCACCCCGAUUCUUUAGGGAUUGCAACUACACCACGAUCUAUGCCACGACCAGACUCAACCCCCAGGGAGAUAGUAGAGUUACCCAGUAGUCACCAAGAAGAGGUUGAAAGUGUUGACAACGAAAUAAACGAGCUGAACCGCCAUACUAAUGGAAUCGAGUUUCAUGGCAGCACCUCAUCAGCAGCGUUUCUUGGUCGUCUGAAGAAAAUGCGACAGUCGCAAAUUCACGAGGAGCGAAUCCUUGAUAUGGGGGAUUUUUCCUUGAUCUCAACGUUACAUAAUCCGAGCUUCUCACCAGCCGCUGGCCAGAAUCAUUUGACCGAGAAAGACCAGAAAAACUACUACUUUGAUGUGGCACAUGUUUUUAUUGAUGGGUAUUUCGAAAAUAUUCACUUUAUUCAUCCAUUUAUCGAUAAAGAGGAGUUUUAUGUGCAAGCUAAUAAGCUAUGGUACAAUCGGGAUCACACUCCAGAGAUUAGCUUUGUGGCCCUGUAUAUGAGUGUUUUAUCUGUUGGAUCUUUGGUGAGCGUAUGGAAUGAGGAUACACUGGCUGGCCUCGGGCGAUUUGAAUGGGGUCGAAAGCUGUUCGGUGAAGCCCAAGCUCGCUUGAACCAUCUGAUCUUCUCGAAUGACCUUGAGACAGUUCAAUGUCUUUAUUUAAUGGCCAAGAUUUGUCAAAAUGAACUUAAUCCGAAUUUGGCCUAUAUUUAUCUUGGCCUGGCAGUGCGUACCUGCCUCUCUGCUGGCUUUAACCGAGAUGUACGCUCUCCAAAAGACCAACGCUCGAGCUGGAUCUCGAAAACGUGGUGGGGCUUAUUUUCACUUGAAAUAGAAAUGAGCUUCUCAAUCGGACGACCCGACACACUGGGAAUGGAUGAAUAUCAUAACCGAGCAAUCCCAGCUCGAGAUGAUUCGGAAUUUGCCAUCAUUCCAUGGAUGAUUGACUUCGCACAGAUUACCCGUCGUGUGUCGGUGCAGAUCUACCAUCUCCGCAUCACACUACAAGAGAAGCUGCACCUGGCUCUUCAGAUUGAGAUAGAAAUGGAUAGAUGGCUCGCAAGGCUUCCGGAGAAGAUAAGACCAGACAUAGGUGGUUACAGAACAUCUCGCAGCGCACUUCAUGACCCGAAAUGGGCCAAAAGACAACGUCUAGUGCUGGGAAUCAGAUAUUAUAACGUGAAAAUGCUCCUUUUUCGACCAUUCUUGAGUCAUUUCACACGGAAACUUCGACAUCCUCCUAGUGAGCUCCAGGAAGCCAUAAAUAGGUGCUUGGAAUCCGCCAUAAAUACCAUCCAAGUAAUUCAUGAUAUAUUUCGAGUACAUACAUUUUUCAGAUACUGGUGGUACAACACAACAUACGUGAUGUUUGCAACGUCAACACUUCUCCUUCCAAUGUCCAAAAUCGGAAUAUGCUCAGAAACAAUGCCGCUUUUCCGCUCUGUAGAAAUGGGUAUUGAGGUACUAGAAGCGAUGAAUGAGUCUGUUGUUGCUCGUAAAUCAAUGGAAAUCAUUCGGCAAUACCUUCGAGAAUUUAAGGCAGCAAGUGCGCAGCAACCAGCUGAUGGCAGUCAAGCGGUCACAGCCGAGCCAGGGUCUGGACGGACUGCAGUUGAAAUCCCAGAGUGGGCUUAUGGGUUCGGGUUCCCAGACUAUUCUCUCGAGGGAAUUGCCCGGCUUUUCAACGAUAUUGGAGAGCUACCAAUGCUGGAUGGAUAA